AUGGCGCAAGGAGGCGGAUAUGACUUCAGACCCAUCAUCACCCAUUACUUGUUUCUAGUCACCUUUUUACUCGCAUUUGCCGGGUGGUUUACGGCGUUCAUUGGCCAGGCGGCUUCAACAUCUCAGUACGGUAAUGUAUUUGUGGGCUCAUUAUGGUUCGCCAUAUUCCUUGAGCUAUUCCUCAUCCUGGGUGUCUUGCACACACUUGCCACGGAUACCAUUGCGAUGCACCGUCUACAGAUUUCCGUGUUUGGAGCAGUUGCCAUCGUAUUCUCUGUAGAGGGCGUGAACCGAGGCAUCUAUAGCGACUUUUCUUCACUCCAAGCAAUGGGCGCAGGAUGGCUCAUUCUAUCUUUCGUAAACAUCCUCUGGGUGUUGUACUUUACAGCCGAAGAAGACUCCACAGUUCUCAACACCCUUGAUUCGCUCGGCUCGGGAUCGGGGUUGACCCCAGCUGGGCGAUCUGACAGGGGCGGACCCCGUCGACGAGGGCACGGACACACUCAAUCCAUGACCCGAUCCUCAAAUGGAUACACCGGAGCUGGAAAGGAGGAGCACAUGGGCAUGAGCGGUAUCACUCCGAUUCACACCGGCGGAGGCGGCGGUGGAGGAGGCAUGAGGCAGACUAGCCCAGGAAGCAUGACAGGCGGAGGGCGUAGUUUCGGUGAGGAUUCACAUCAUCGUGCGGCGUCUCCCAGUACGCCGCUCAUGAGCAACGCAGUCCCACCUGGCUCGGGCGCUGCGGCCGGACCAGGAUUAGGAAACGAUCCAGAACAGGGAGGACCUGGUGGAAAUUAUGCGUACAAGGCUCGCGCGUUGUAUGCGUACAACGCCAGUCCGGAUGAUCCAUCCGAGAUUUCAUUCGCUAAAGGAGAGAUUUUGGAUAUUGUGGAUAAUAAUGGAAAAUGGUGGCAGGCCAGGAAGGCGGAUGGAACUACCGGCAUUGUUCCGUCGAAUUACUUGCAACUCGUUUAG